CAAAUGGGCACAGCAAAGUGGUCAGAAUGUUACUUGAUUCUAUCGUUGAUCGAUACCCCGAGAAGCUCGAUCAUGCAGUCACCCUCACGAUCUACAAGGCAUCAACUAACAACCACGUGUCGCUUCUAGAGGAGAUCCUGGACCGAGAGGGCAAGCUUACACUUGGUUCAUGCGACUCGGGGGCUCUCUACUUCGCUACACCACAUGAAGCUGUUACUCGUCUGCUGCUGCAACGAGGCGCCAACCCCGACAAGGGUGGUGAUCGUGGGAUGUUUGUUUUAGAACAGGCUAUACACCAUGGCAACUCUGCAGUUAUUCGAAUGCUUCUUGAUGCAACAGAGCUAAGCCCGGUUCUCAAACCGCCCACUCGAGGACCCUAUCAAGUACAGAACCUCCUUGAUCUAGCGGCAGAGUCCAGUACACCAGAGAUUAUCCAGCUAUUGCUUAGCAGAGGCGUAGACUUUCGUCCUGAAAACGUCGACUGCCAUCCUGCUCUAGUGAACGCCGUGUGUGGCUUAAAUACAGAUGUAAUCAACCUCUUUCUCGACGCCGGCUUCGACGUGAAUUACAAAGCCACCAGUGGUUUCCACAAAGACCGUCCCCUAAUCAUAAUUCCAGCAAUCAAAGGCACGGAUGAGGGCCGUGCAGUUGUGAAGCUAUUGCUGGACAGGGGCGCUCAAAUAGAUAUGAUGGACGAAUCUGACCGAACAGCUUUGUCUUGGGCAGCUCAACACAGGAAUAAAACAGUUGUGGAGGAAUUGCUCGCCCGUGGGGCCGAUCCACUGUUGAAAGAUGUCAAUAACAAAACACCUCUUCACUGGGCUGCUUUUGACGGUGGCCGUGUAGUCACUCGGAUAAUCCUGAAGGCUUUGGAGUCUCGUGGGAUUCGAUUUGACAGGCUCGAGCGCUUGAUAUCUAACUUGGAGAAGGAUAGCCGUUUUGAUCGGGACCUGAUUCUGAAGCAAUUGAGGCAGCACCGCUGGCGGAUGAUGUACCCGUGUCCAUAGAUAUUCAUUCAUCAAAUGCUGGGGAGCUUUUGAAGGGCAUUUUGAAACUGGAUUAAGAUGAACUAAAGUCUAGAUUAUGGUGAAGGCAUGAUAUAUAUACCUUUCAGAUUAUCUCCAUCAUAUCACUGUCUAUAGUGGAACUGUAGAGGUUUUGCUGCUUUUGGAAAGGUGUGAAUAGUGGAUCCAUUGGCUGGGUCGGAUCUAAGACAGAUCUUAUCGCCGACAGACGAUGAUGAUUUGCUAUAAUCGAGUCGUACAAAUGGAAAUUUCGGUUUUUAUCAAAAUUGCAGAUAUGAAUACGACUGAGGAUCAAAGGAUCGUAUUAUUUGCGAAGAGAUUUAUU